AAUAUUUAUUUUGGGUUGGCAUUGUCAAUGUGGUGAGAAUUUGCUUUGAUUGUUUAUAAACAAUGUCGUUUAUUAAUUUUGAGAGUGGUAAAGUUAUCGACGAUAAACGAGACGCGUUAAGGAAAGCUAGGGAUAAUGUUUUGAAAAAGGCAGAAGAAAAGUUUCAUCAGCAGAAGGAGAAAGAAGAGAGAGCUAAGCGGCGUGGGGAAGACAAAUGGAUGCUUCCAUCUUUGGAGAAGCGUUUGAAGGAAGAAGGAAAACCUAAGCAGAAGAAACACAAGAAGAAGAAGAAGAAAAGAAAAAGAACUACAGAUUCUAGCACGCCGGAGGGGAGCAGCGACGAGGGGGAGUGGGUGGAGAAGGCGACCCCGCCCGAGGCAGUGGAGCGCGACAAGUGGAUGAGCAUGCCCAUCGCGGUGCCGACCGUGGGCGUGCUCGAGGCUCGGGGAGGGUCUCGUCGUCGGGACGAGGAGGCCAAGAGGGCAGAGCGGGAGAAGAUCAUGUUGGACCGGCCGGGGCAGAGCAGCCGGGAGCUGAACCCCUACUGGCGGGACGGAGGCUCGGGGCUGCCGGGGGCCGAGACCCCGGGACGGGGCGGAGCGGGCGGCGUGGGCGACCGCGGGGCGGACUGGCUGCGACGGGCCCUCCAGCGUGUCCGGGAGCAGGCCUCGGAGCAGGGCCGGACUCCCGAGGCGGUCGCCGCGGAGCGCUGGGGCUCGCUGGAGAGGCUGGAGGCGAUGCUGGCGGAGGCGGAGGGCCGCGACGGGGACUCGGGGCGGAGCCGAAGGGGGCGGAGCGAGCGGGACGGCCGGGCCCCGGGGGCGCGGGAGAGGCGGGACUUCAAGCGGCCGGGCGAGGGAGCGCCCGCCGGCCGCGACAGGGUGCACAACUCGACGGACCGCCGGUGGAAGAAGAGCGACGCCCAGCCCCGCGAGGCGAGCCAGCCCCGGCCCCCGUCCCGCUCCUCCUCGUCCGACUCCGAGGCCGCAGGAGCGGGCGAGCGGCCGCCGCAGCAGGACUGCCAACCGCUGACGGACAAGGAGCUCAACGAGCUGGGCGCGAGGCUCGUCAAGGCUGAGAUACUGGGGAACGAGUCGCUGGCCGCGGAGCUGAAGCAGCGGCUGGAGCGCGGCCGUGCCGCGAGGGCCCGGCCCUCGGGAGCGGGGGCAGAGGCCCGGGAGGAGACGGUGCUGCUCACCAGGACGGGAGCCGGGGGCCUGGUGCACCCCCUGCCCCCGCCGGGAGCCCCCGAGCCGUCCGGCGGCCGGCGCAAGCGGCAGAGGGCGGGCACGCACGUGGACGGCAAGCGGGUGCGCUACUUCGCGGACGACGACGAGUUCACGCUCCAGGAGAUGUUUGAACGCGAGAAAUUGACGACCGUCGACGAUCAGAAUGAAAUGUUCUCGAAGAUGGCAGCAAAGGGCGCGGGGCGCACGGGCAGCGAACACGACGUGGACGACGUGUGCGAGGAGCGUGCCAGCCUGAAGGAGAGCGAGGGGCGCGCCCAGGCACGGGAGCACGGCCGUGCCGUCGCGCAGCACCGGCGCACGGAGAGGGCGCUGGAGGGCUGCGCGCUGUGCCUCGACGGCAAGCUGAUGCUGAAGCACUUGCUGGUGGCCCUCGGCUCCAAGGUGUUCCUGUCGCUGCCGCCGUACCAGUCGCUGACGGAGGGGCACUGCCUGCUGGCGCCCGUGCAGCACGCCGCCUGCGCCACCGCGCUGGACGAGGACGUGUGGGCGGAGAUGCAGUCGUUCCGGAAGGCGCUGACGGCCAUGUUCGGGAAGAUGGACCAGGACGUGGUGUUCUUCGAGACGGCCGUGCGACUGCGCCAGUUGCCCCACAUGGCGCUGCACUGCGUGCCCUUGCCGCGCCAGGCUGGCGACCUCGCCCCCAUCUACUUCAAGAAAGCCAUCCUGGAGUGCGAGACGGAGUGGGCGACCAACAAGAAGCUGGUGGAGCUGGCCGGGCGGGACGUGCGUCGCGCCGUGCCCCGGGGGCUGCCCUACUUCUGCGUGGACUUCGGGCUGCAGGGCGGCUUCGCACACGUCGUGGAGGACGACUGCCUGUUCCCCGCCAACUUCGCUCAGGAGAUCAUCGGUGGGAUGCUGGAUCUGGACCACGGCGUGUGGCGGAAGCAGCGUCGAGAGAACUUCGACGCGCAGCGCAAGAAGGUGGUGCAGUUCGCGCAGUGGUGGAAACCGUUCGACUUCACGCGCGACGGUCGAAGCAGCUCUUGCUCGGACAGCGACUGAGCCGCUCUCUCCGGCUUGUUUGUUUGUACAUAGCGUUAUGUAAAUAAACAUUUCUACCUUGUGGUAUUCCUGUAUCGAAUGUAAAUUAAAAUUUCCACAUAUUA